UGCGUUUCCCAUGGCGGCGAAUGCAACAUAAAUAAUGUUUUUUUGUUUUUACUUGAUGCACUUGUUUGAUGUAAUUAGGGGACAUGAUGCUAAUUUGUGUUGAUAAAUAGUUAGUUAUUACUUGUUUGAAACUAUCACUAAGGCAUUUGUGGGGAAAGAAUUUUGGCCCAUUAGGAUAUCCGUACGUUUGCGCAAGCGCAGAUAAUUGUCGGCAUUGUGACUUUUUUUAGUUGUCCCACGCAGAUACGCUUAAGUGAGGGUUUGUGUUGAAGAGCAGUGAUAAUUUAGAGUGCAGUAUCUGGCUUUGAUAAUCACACAUGGCCUUGAGAAGUUGUUGGAGACUUGCCGGUGUUGUCCCGCGGCUUUUAUGGAAUAAUACCGUCCAGUUUGAAGCUUGCGUCCCGAGAGGACAAGGCUCUGUGUCCAGCAGUGUCAGCACUCGCCCCGGUUACAAAAAGUUGCUGUUCCGCACAUUCAGUUCAACGCCAGCGAGCACAGUCGUGAGUUAUGAGCAGCUGAAGGAGCUCCUGGUUGGGCGGAAAGCAGUAGUUAUAGAUGUGCGAGAGCCCUGGGAGCUCCGAGAAUACGGCUUCAUCCCCGGCUCCAUUAACGUCCCCCUGGCGCAAGUGAACACUGCACUCCAGCUGGGUCCAGAAGACUUCAAAGAAAAGUAUGGUGGUGAAUUACCUCACCAGACAGAUAACGUUGUGUUUACGUGUUUGGCGGGAAUCAGGAGCAAGACUGCGCUGAACACGGCCAUCACACUGGGAUACAAAGAUGUUCAGUAUUACUCUGGAGGAUGGCAAGACUGGGUGAAGCAUGAGCAGCAUAAUCAGUGAUCAUGGAACUGGAAAGAUAUUUAUAUAUUUAUUUGAAGGUAUUUUUGCAAUUAUUCGAGUUUAGAAUGUGAAGUGAUGGCGCAGCCUUGCAAAGGGCUUAAAAAAAUUUCAUGGCUCCUCAUUUCAAUGUUAAAAUCUCAAAGAGGUGAAACCAGUUUGCUUAAAUCCACAUCUGCCAUACAAUAUUUCUUGAAACCCCUCUUUAAUUUCUCUCAGGCUUAACCUCCUUCUAAACCCUUUACAGCUUUUUGAAAUAAGCUCAAAGAAUCUUCUGAAGUGCUAAAGAUUAAUUAUGCAAAUAAAGUCUUCCACUCCAUAAUGUGAACUAUUUUAUUAUUUCCUGUUGACAUAUUGUAAAUAUUAAAUUGCUCAACAGGCAGUGCAGACUUUGCCAAUACUUAAUGCAUUUAUUAAUAAAUGUACUAUUUAAUAAAGUUAUCAAAGCUAAAUAAACUAAUAUUUAACUUGAGUCUGUGUGUGUUUAUUAUUAUUUUUAUUAUUUAUAUAUUGGGCAGGAUUAGUAGAUGACCUAAGAGGACAUUCGUUUAAGUAAUUCCAGAUAUAAAUAGGCAUAGAGAGGCUUGCCGGGGUGACAGCUGCUGGGGAAGUACUACGAUUUACUGUAUUGAAGGUCCUUGUCUAAUAUCCUGUAUG